AAGUUGGAUGUAGUCAAGAAUUAAUUCACAAAUAUUGGUGUGGGUUCAACUCUCCUUUCCCACCCAUUGACCCUUAUAAAUGUAUACACCAGCUUUCUUUCAACAAAAUAUUUUUGGUUUUUAUUCAUUUGAAAAAUAAGAAAAAUGGGUGGAGGAAUUAUUGGUUUAGUUUUGGGUUUAAUUGCUGUGGUUUUGAUUCACCAAGCCACCGCUCAGACGGUUCGUGUAGUCGGAGACUCCACCGGUUGGACGGUUCCGAAGGGCGGUGCUGCUUUCUAUUCCGAGUGGGCUUCUAAAUUCAACUUCUCCAUUGGCGACUAUCUAAUUUUUCUUUUUUGGCAGCGUUUAACUUUGGGACGAACCUGCAGUGUCCAAGAAGUACCAAAAGGGUCGUUCGAUGAAUGCAAUGGACACAAUACCACACAUUAUGCCAUCAUUACAGGUCCUACAACAGUGAAGCUCGACACAGUCGGCAUGCAUUACUUCAUUUGUACCUUUGACAAUCACUGUUUGCAAGGUCAAAAGUUAGCUGUUAACGUCACAGUUACCGUCUCCAACAAUACUCCAAACGAUAAUGCAAUGUCACCUUCUUCAAACGCUGCUCAGCCACCCACAAGAACUCCCCCUGCUUCUCGUGGGGAUGCAUGCGCUCGAACUCCUGCUAAUUCAUUGUCUUCGUCACCACCUAUUAUUUGUGAUGGAUCUUCAUCGACUUUGACGCCUUCCUCCUCUACCUUACUGAUGGCAAUACUUUAUGUUACUUUGUAUACAAUUGUUAUGAACACUUGUUUUAGAUAGUAUGGAUUUACAUCGGACCUUAUUUUACUUAUCUUUUUAGAUUAAUGAAAACAUGUUUAGGAAUUAUUUUGAGAUUGUCAAUGGAUGGUUUGACAACAUCUUUUUAUUUAUUUAUCUAAAAAAGUUAGUCUCCCACUUAUCUAUAA